AUGAAAUCACUAUCUAUAGCGGUCUUAAAUACGCACCAUUUACGUAUAAAACAAUUUAAAAGAUGUAUUUUUUUUACGUUGAAUACUUUGGAUUUUAUUUAUCCUAAUUCUUUUCAAAAAAUAGCAAAAAUAACGGGAUUUUCAGGUAAUCCUUUUUUGACAAAAAUAUCAGUGAUUGAAAACACAGAUAGACAGAAUACUAAGCCAUAUAUAUCUAUUCUUGGGGAUAUUUAUUUUUCAGAUGAUUAUACAAACAUUGGACCUAGAAUUCUUCAAGCGAUUGAGCGAAAACUUCAUCUUCAACCAUAUCACCCUUUAUCAAUUUUACGACAAGUGAUAGAAUCUCAAUUUGAUACAUCUCAUUAUGAAAUAUUUAAUGAUUUUUCCCCUGUUGUUAGUAUAGAGAAAAAUUUUGAUCUUCUUGAUUUUCCGACCAAUCAUCCUGGUCGUGAUCGCACAGAUACAUAUUAUAUCAACAGAAAUCAUGUUUUACGUACACAUACAUCAGCGCAUCAGAUAGAUGCAUUUAAAAAGAUGAAAAAAGAAGGAUUUUUGAUAAGCGCAGAUGUUUAUAGAAAAGACGAAAUUGAUAAAAAUCAUUAUCCUAUUUUUCAUCAAAUGGAAGGAGUAAGACUCUGGACGAAAAGCGAUCAAAGAUCAAUGAAAGAAAUUGUAAAAGUGCCAAAUAUUAACGUUUCAUGUUCAGAGAUUAUUAUUGAAGAUACUACUCUUCCAUUUCAUACAGAACGGAAUCCACUACAAAAAAAUCAUCGGGAAGACGAUAUUAAAAUAAUAGGGAAACAUUUAAAAAAAACACUAGAGAGAAUAAUUAUUUAUAUACAUGAGUUAUCAUGUCAAUUUCGUAAUUUAUCAGACAAAAGUAUUCAUUUUCCUUUGAAAAUCCGUUGGGUUGAAUCAUAUUUUCCAUUUACAAGUCCUUCAUGGGAACUAGAAAUAUUUUGGGAAGGAAAGUGGUUAGAAAUAUGUGGCUGUGGUAUUAUAAAACAUAAGCUACUUGAAAUUGCGGGUAUGUCCAAUCAAAUUGGUUGGGCAUUUGGACUUGGCUUAGAGAGGAUUGCUAUGAUAUUUUUUAGGAUACCAGACAUUAGACUUUUUUGGUCUCAAGAUCAGAGAUUUUAUGAGCAAUUUUCUCCAGGAAAAAUAACUGUAUUUCAGCCUUAUUCAAAAUAUCCACCAUGUUAUAAAGACAUUGCAUUUUGGGUUAGCGAAGAAGAUAAUACUUGUACAUCGUUAAUAAAAAAAAAUAAAUUUCAUGAGAAUGAUUUCAUGGAAAUUAUAAGAAAUAUAGGAGGCAAUCUAAUUGAAGAAGUUAAAUUGAUUGAUCAAUUCAUACAUCCAAAAACGAAAAAAAAAAGUUUAUGUUAUCGAAUUAAUUACCGAUCUAUGGAUAGGUCACUUUCCAAUCAAGAAGUGAACAUACUUCAAGGAAAGAUUAGGGAACUUAUUAUAAAAGAAUUCGAUAUAGAACUUCGAUAG